AAUUCGUCCCGUGUCAGAUGCCCAACGUCAGAAGUGCGGAAGGGACACUGUGGGGCGCAUUUUGCCGUAGGAUGUAUGCCCUCAAGAGGCGUCUCCUUUGCCUCACCUUGCUGGUGCUUCUAAUUAUCUCCUGCAUCACUGACCUGAAUGUACAAGGUGAGAACAGCUAUGCUCCUUCAAUGUUGGGACUUUGCUGCGGCUUGCUGUUAGGGGUUCUGCACCUCCCAGAAGUCGGGGUUGUCCGAGACAUCCCACGAGCGCUGAAGAUCGUGGCCGCAGUGCUGCUGAUGAUCGUUACGGUUUAUGCUGCAACUUAUCCCUGGCACAUGUUCCCGGGCUUCGAGGGUCGCCCGCGGCGCAUGGGCAAACGAUGGCUCAUGUUGAGCUCUCUGCUGGUGAUUGCAUCAAUCUACAUCCUUUGCAUCUUGAAGGAGCACCCUCCCUCCACCUACGCCCAUGAUGCCAAGUGGUGUAUCUUGGGCAUCUGGCUAUCGACCAUGAUCUAUCAGUUUUAUGAGGCUGCAAAGGCUUGGAAGUCUACCAUGUGGGGCGAUUUUGGGUUGGCUUUUGCCAUCAGCGUGGACAGCAUAGUUUUGGGCUGGGUGGUGAUCAUGUUUCAGUCUCGAAUACGUGUAUUGAGGGCAUCAUCGCAGGGCUUCAAUUCCAAAUUUUGGAUCUAUGUGAUGUGCAGUGCCUUCAUCGCGAAUUCUAUUUGCACAGCCAUUCAGCGUGGCUGGUCCAGCCACGUGGGUCAGUGGGGAUCCAUUCUUGUCAGGACCAUUUUUCUGACCAUUUGGCUGACCUAUACAGUGAUUGUUUCCAGGACUUUGAGUCGAGGGCUUCACGUCCUAUGGGUGGAGAGUCGAAGGGUGCGAGGGCUACCCAGACAGCAGGUACAGUGGGCCGCACGAGUCCUGAGAAUGGAACUGAUGAUUUGUGCGUCCCUGGGAACAACCACAUUUUUUGUUUGGUCAACGAUCAACGUGGUGAAACUCAUUCAGCUGUUGGACCCUGACGAAUACGAUCGCAUUAAGAUGGAUGUCUGGUUCUGGGUGAGUAUACUCCGCCGUUUUGAUGGAGUGCUCAAUGCCGUGGAGUUGGCCUUACUGUCGGGAAUUCUGUGGCAAGGUUCUCCCCCGGAGGAAGAUGUGGAGAUGGAGUCGCGCAGUCGCCUGCGAGGCUUGACGUCCAUGUCGGACUUCUUAGAGGUCAGCGAACAGGACCUUUACCGGGCCAAAGUGGAAGAACUGGCACAGCGGGGCUUCCGCCUGCGGUCUUUGAUAAAGUUCUGGGAGGAAUUGCUCGAAGGGGAGGUGAUGCCAAGUUUCGAUCCUCGGCGGUCGCAAACCAAUGAUGUGGUGCGACAGGCCAUUAUUCCCAGCUCCAGACUUGGACAUGGUGGCUUUGCCUUAGCGUCGAUCUGGGAAGAGAAGCCUGUCUUGCCCAAGAGCAUGGUCACCCACAACUGGACCAACACCUUUGUCAAUCUGGUUGCAGCCAUGGUUUCAGAUGCUUUAGGAGGGGAUUGUUAUGCCAAUGUGGCCGAUCAGCUUUGCAGCAAGAGUGGCGUUGCGAAUUUGAAGCAGCAGUUGGAAGAGGCGGGGCAAACAGACGUGAGCUUCUGGGUUUGCGCGUUCUCAGUGAAUCAGCACGCCAGCAUUUGCGGGGGCUACGGACCAGAACCUGCGGAGGGGACCCCUGAAUGGAAAGUGUGGGACAAGAAGAGGCAUGAUUCUGUGAGCCUGCAGAGAUUUCCUCUGUGCUCUUGCAAUGAAACCAAGAUCUUCAGUCACCACGAUGCUGCCUGCGAACUUAAUAAGUUCGACGAUAUGAUGAACUAUCUUUCUCGUAGAG